AUGGGGGAGAAGAAGGCAGCGCCCCCCGACGAGUCCGUCACGUACAGCUCGGGCACCCACGACGCACCCCCGGACGUGAGAAUCCUGCACUACAAUGAUGUCUACCAUCUCGACCCCUCGAGCAGCGAGCCGGUGGGUGGCGUCGCUCGCUUCAUGACCCUCGUCAAACAUUACCGGGAUGGCGAGAAGUUCGCCGGCCUGCCCGACCUGGUCACACUGUUCUCGGGGGAUGCGUUCAAUCCCAGCUUGGAGAGUUCUGUUACGAAAGGUGAUCACAUGGUGCCUCUCCUGAACAAGAUCGGGACCGACGCUGCCGCAUUAGGGAACCACGAUCUUGAUUUUGGGGUUCGCCAAUUCGGACAUCUAUCUUCCCGGUGCAAGUUCCCCUGGCUCAUCGCGAAUGUUCUGGACCCCGCCUUAGGGGACUCCGUUCCGAUUGGGAACUGCAGCAAGACCCAUAUCAUCACCGCCUCCAACGGCAUCAAGAUCGGCCUGCUCGGGCUCGGCGAACGCGAAUGGUUAGCCACAAUUAACAAUCUCCCCCCCGACCUUAUCUACAGGUCCGCCACGGAGACGGCUAAGGAGCUCGUUCCCCAGCUGCGAGCCGAGGGCGCCGAUAUUGUCAUUGCCAUUACGCACAUGCGAGAGCCUAACGACAACAAGCUGGCCGAACAGACCGAUGGCAUCAUUGACAUCAUUCUGGGCGGCCACGACCACUACUAUAACCAUAGUGUUAUUAAGGGGACGCAUGUCCUACGCUCGGGGACUGACUUCAAGCAGCUGAGUUACCUGGAGGCGAGGCGGCGGGCUGACGACUCGGGCCGGUGGGAUAUUGAUAUCGUAAGGCGAGAUGUCACAUCGGCAAUCCCACCGCACGAGCCUACCGUCGAGCUGGUUGAAAGGUUGACAGCAAGCCUCAAAUCAACCCUUCAAAAGCCUAUCGGAUUCACCGCCGCCCCUCUCGACGCCAGAUUCCGCACCGUCCGGCUGAAGGAGAGCAAUAUAGCCAACUGGGUGUGCGAUAUUAUGCGCCAUUACUACUCGGGAGAUUGCAGCAUGAUGGCGUCGGGCACGGUCCGCGGAGACCAGAUCUAUCCCCCAGGUCCCAUCUUGUUGAAAGAUAUCAUGAAUUGCUUCCCGUUUGAAGACCCCGUCGUCGUGAUCAAAGUUACGGGCAAAGCCAUAUGGGACGCUCUAGAGAAUGGCCUGUCACAGUAUCCAGCUCUUGAGGGCCGGUUCCCUCAGGUUUCUAACAUCACCUUCGAGUUUGACGGCCGUAGAGAUUCCGGCUCCCGGAUAGUCACAGCGACGAUAGGAGGCGAGCCAGUCGACAUGGCUAGAAAAUAUGUCCUCGUGACACGGGGCUAUAUGGCUCGCGGUAAGGACGGAUAUGACAGCCUCUUGAUUGAAUCAGAGGGCGGUGAGGCUGAGGAGAUUGUAUCCGAGGAGAACGGAAUAUUGAUAUCCAUGAUGCUCCGCCAGUAUUUCAUGUCGCUUCGGGUGAUGGGCCAGUGGAAGUACUGGGGAAAUAUGGGUCGCCAUUGGGACUCUGUCACGCAAAGGGUCAACGCCAGCCAUACUCACUACGACCCUUCCUCCGCCCCAAGCUCAGAGAGCCUGCCGGCGCGGUCCGAAGGCGCCGGGUGGGAUAAUUGGACCCCGCAGAAGAUCCGACAGCGGAAGGUGAGCGCCGUCUCGACGGAGGAAACUGACGAUGACGACGAUGAGAGCCACGAGAACCAGGGGGAUGCAAACGAGAUUGAAAUGAUCGACAAGGAGAUGCAGGUCAUGCGCAGGGUGUUCUCCAAGUGGGCGCGAAUCGCGGGGGUAGAAUGCCGGGUUGGGGACGAGCUCCAGGAUGGCGAGUUCAAAGUCGACUGGACGAGGGCUAUCGCGCCCAGGGUCGAAGGGCGGAUCAUCUGCGUCGGCGGCGAGCACAAGUGA